GCUAACUUACGUCUCUCCUGCAAAGUCCAUCGGCAACCGCCAUCAGCGCGCAAGGAACGAGGCCUUGGGCGCCGCGCACCGCCAUAUUUCUCCCUUCGAUAACCUUUAGGCGUCACUUGGGCAAUUGUAACAUUCAUUCACGACUAACGAAGCCUCCGACCCGACGAAGCCGCCGACAUUCUAAUCUCCAACGUCGCCACCCAUCGACGAGCGAACUAUCACCAACCGUUGCCGCGUAGCCCCCCAGGGGCCCCCUUUUUCUCCACAAUGCAAGGCUUCAACAUGGGGCGGUACAUCCCGCCGGCGGUCGCCGACGCGGAGCGCACGCCGGCCUUCAACAGAGACAAGCACCCGCUCGGCGCGCGCGCGCGCAAGCUGGCCUCGCAGGGCGCGCUGACCGUGCGCUUCGAGAUGCCGUUCGCGGUGUGGUGCGCGCACUGCGCGGCGCCGACGCUGAUCGGCCAGGGCGUGCGGUUCAACGCGGCCAAGCGGCGCGUGGGGAGCUACUACAGCACGCCCGUGUGGGCCUUCACGCUCAAGCACGCCGUCUGCGGCGGGCUGAUCGAGAUCCGGACGGAUCCGAAGAACGCGGAAUAUGUGGUCGUGUCCGGGGCGCGGAGGCGGGAUUACGGCGGUGGUGCUGGGGAGGGCGAGAUCGAGGGUGGUGAGGCCGGGACGGGGGUGAUUCUUACCGAGCGGGAGCGUGCCGAGAUGAGGCAGAGCGCGUUUGGGAAGCUGGAGAGGACGAUUGCGGACCGGGAACGGUUGGAGGUGGCGAACAGGCGGAUUGAGGAGCUGCUGGACGUGGCGGACCGGCAGUGGGACGAUCCGUACGCGCAGAAUCAGCGGCUGCGGAAGGCUUUCCGUGCUGGGCGGCACGAGAGGGAGAGGCAGGCCGCGAAGGCGGACGAAUUGAAGGAACGGAUGGGACUGGGGAUCGAGCUUCUGCCGGAGGCGGAGGAGGAUGCGAAACGGGCCGGGUUAGUCGAUUUUGGCAGUGUGGCUGUUGAGGAUGAUGCUGGAGUGGACAAGGUGCUGGCGAGACCGUUGUUUGCGAAAGCAACAGCUGCGAAGCAGGACACAGAAGACCGCGGAGGGCCAGCCAAGCGGCAGGGGAAGCUCCUCAAGUCGGAGAUUGCCGCAUCCCGUACACGCGAGAGUCUUGUCUCGGAGAUUGUCAGCAAUACCCGGGCGGCCAGAGAUCCCUUCCUCGAUUUUGGCAGCAGGGAGAGCACAACCAAGGGGCCCGUCCGGCUGCCGGGUCUCAAGAGGAAAAGAGAAGCCGAGGAAGGGCUGGACCCGCCGCGGCCGAUUGCGGACGAGGGGCAAACACCCAAAGCAGCGGCCGGCACCGCCGCUUUGGUGAGCUACGCCUCGGAUUCCGACUGAGCGGGUUGGCUAUGUCAGGCAUUGUAUUUAAGAACUUAACGCACUAUUGGCAUGGAUAUUGGCUGUGGAUAGAACAUGAUACCCCUGGAAUUGAUUGGACACUUGGAGUGGUUUAUGGCGGGCUCCAAACAACAGCAC